CUGUUUUUCCAUGUGCAGACUACCUCCCCCAUCCCUCCUGCUCCUCCCUCUGAAGAUUCGAGCGCAUUUGGAGACAGGCGUUAGAAACGGUGGGGGGAAGGGAGUGUCGUGCCGGAGCAGCGACGGGGUUUUUUAAGGCUUUGCAACAUAAUCUAUCGCAGCAGCGAAUUUGAAGCAAGUUCAGAGGUAAAGAAAUACAAAACCUGAGCGUUGUGGGGGCUGAGAGCUGAAAUAAGAAGCUUUAGGAGACUCGUGGUCAGGUCGGCGUGACCGCGUUUCUACCGUUUGCUUUUAUGCGUAAAACUGCACCAGAACAACUUUGGAAAACGUUUCUGCACUGUACUUUUUAUUAACAACCUUCCGCUGCAUCGUGACUGAUGAGAUAUUUGGACAAAAUUCCAGAAAUGAGCCUUUGAGGGUUCUUACCAAAUAUAGCAAGUGUUAUUGCGAGAGAGUCCUUGACGGAAGGAACAGUCCCGGGUUGGAUAUUUGUAGCACUGCCAAAGUUUACAAUUAUACUUAAUGGUUUUUAGUCAUUGGGGCCUUUUUACCUACGAGUUUUGUCCAGUUUCUUACUCCUACACUUGAUUCAGUUUAUUAAUACUGUACAGAAGCUGCCGCGGCUCCUCAUAUCUGUAUCCCCACUGUAAACUGCAGCAUGUUGAUUUAAAAACGCACUGUAGCCUAUGACUGCUCCUACCAGGAGCCAUUUUUAAGUCUGAUUUACAGGCCAGUCUGUCACUGUACACAAGCGGUUCAACCUGCUCUGGGCUGCAGCGGUAAGCUGUGCAUAUUUUUUGUACACUUCCCCAUAUUGUUUCCACAAGGGAUUUUUUUCUUGUGCGUCUGGCUCUGGGCGCGGCGAAUGUGCCAUGGCGCGGUUUUUCCUCACCAUCUAUGUGUUGGUGCUCGGGUUGGCUGGAGCCGAAGCUGGGCAGGCCAAGCAGAGCGGGGAGAGCUCCUCGGUGGUCACCUUUCAUACGCUGAUCACAGGAACCUGCCAGGAGGUCCAGCGAUACGCGGAGGUGCUGCUGGGAACCGGUGUGAUACGGUCAGCUGCCGAGUUUUUGGAGACGGCGAUCCGAUUCCUCGCUGAAGGAGCUGCUAGCGGCCUGAAUGUCAUCGCCGUUUACAUCACAGAGAUCCUCAGGGUCACAGGAUUUGAUGCUGCACUGACGCUGCCCCGCUUCACCCCGGAGGGUGUGACUACUGUUGCCCAGUGGGGUCUGGUGGCUCUCAUUGGCUACUGGGUACUGAGCAUCAUCCUCCGUCUGCUGAUCGGGGUGAUGAGGAUGGUGUUCUGGGUUGUAAAAGCCGUCUUGGUACUCUGGGUUUUUGGACUGAUAGUAACUGACAAGACCGCCACUGCAGACACCACAGCGUUUCGACUUGCUGGCCUGGUGCUGGUAUGUGUCCUGUUGACUCUGUUUACUUCUGCCUCUGAAAAGUCUGGUGCAGUGGAGCGCCGGCUGAGCUCCCUGGAGAGCCGGCUCAAGGUAGUAGAGAAGAGGAAAGCACAGUAGUGACAAUGCAGGGGAAAGGAGUAAGGCAGACAAAGGCAAUGGUAAUAACAGUUAGGAAAAUAGUCAUCAUGUAUGGUUUCUGUAUGUAUCUGUUAUUAUGGGAAAUAAAGUAAUCUCUCGGGUUUUUAAACAAAAUUGCUCUUUUUGUUUGCCUUCAGAAGAUACCAAAAUAAUCCAACUACAUGGAAUAUAUCAUAAAUAGCUGACAUACAAAGGCAUUUUAAGGCUGCAAAAGCAAGAUUUUGUGAUCCUUCAGGUGCACCCCCACUGCCACUGACCCUAAG